AUGACUAUAAAAGCUAGUCAAUCUAGAUCCAUAUUCCUUGAGUUUGCUGAAGCUCAGAAUUGCACCAACAUAUUCCGAAACCUUCACCAUAGAGCCAAUCUUAACAACUGUGAUCUCCAAGAUUUUAUCUCUUCUUCAACACCAAACCUGUGCUCAAACAAUGUUGAUUCAGUCAUUGGUCUUCUUGGGGUUGACAUGUACAAUGCUUUACGGUCCAAUUGUAAAGGCUUAUCCAGCAGUAAUCAUAGUGAUGAAGCGUGUUUCGAUUGUGUUGUUUCUUAUAGGCAAUCAUUGCAAGCUCUAAAAGAAAGAAAUAGAUCAGAGUCUCCAUGGCCUAUAGGCCCUACACAGAAUCAAAACAAAGUCUCCAAGAAGACAGUAGAGGAAGAAUCCAGGAGUUUCUUUAACUGCUCUGGUCUUUACCUAUUCUCACAAGAUGAAGUGUUGAAAGCUACCAACCAUUUUGAUGAUUCAAACUUGAUUGGAGAGGCAACACUUGGGAUAUUCUAUGUUGGGAUAAUGCCUAGUGGAAUGCCAACAACAAUUAAGAGACUUAAUCAGGGGAUCAUUAAAGUUCAAAAUUUCGGGGAAGAGGUAAUAAGGAAAUCCAAGAUAAGGCAUCCUAACGUGGUGACCACUUUGGGAUAUUGUGAUACAGGAGAGCACUGUCUUGUUUAUGAGUAUUGCUCACAUUAUCUAGCAGGUAAUGGGAGGACACUAAUCUUGACAUGGGAACAUCGAAUGCAGAUAUCGAUCGGCAUUGCUCGGGGUUUAUGUUUUCUUCAUGCCAAUGCCUUGGCUAAAAUGGUUCAUGGAGAUUUAAAGUUAUCAAACAUAUUUCUGAAUGAGAAACUUGAAGCCAAGAUAUUAGACUCCAACUUAUCAAACUGCAAGCCUAAUGAAACAAAAGGGCUACAAACCAUAAAAAACGACGUCUUCGAUUUCGGGGUUGUUCUGCUUCAAGUUUUGACAGGAAAGAAAUCAAAAUCUGUGGUUGAGGAGGCAAGGGAUGCAAUGCUAAAAGGAGCAAGUAUAAGUGGCAUGGCGGAUCCACGUUUAAAUGGGGCUUAUGUUUCCUCUGAAUUUCGAAAUGUAUUGUCCAUAGCUGUUAGAUGUACAGCUCCAAGUGAACGGGAAAGGCCAUACAUGGAAGAAAUUGUACGAAAACUUGAAGAAACACAAAGUUUAGUAUGA